AUGCUCACCGUGGACGACGUUCUGCAGCAGGUCGGGGAGUUUGGUUGCUUCCAGAAGCGAACGUUUCUCCUCCUCUCUCUGCUCUCUGCCGCCUUCGCCCCCAUCUACGUGGGCAUCGUCUUCCUGGCCUUCACCCCGGACCACCGCUGCCGCAGCCCCGGGCUGCCCGAGCUCAGCCGUCGAUGCGGCUGGAGCCCGGCCGAGGAGCUCAACUACACGGUGCCGGGCCCCGGGCCCGAGGGCCAGGCCUUCCCCCGCCAGUGCCGCCGCUAUGAGGUAGACUGGAACCAGAGCGCCCUCGGCUGCGUGGACCCGCUGGCCGGCCUGGCCGCCAACAGCAGCCUCCUGCCUCUGGGCCCCUGUCGGCACGGCUGGGUGUACGACACGCCCGGCUCCUCCAUCGUGACCGAGGUACGAGCAGGCCCUGCGCUGGGCCCAGCCUGUGGGUUUCAGGGCCAGGGAGGAAAUAUAGGACAAAGACUACGAGGUUCAGCUUCACGUCGGGAAAGAGGGAGCGGGGCUUGUCGCCUGCUGGGGCGGAACCAUGAAACCAAAGCGUCCCUGGACACCACCCAGCUGGCGCUGCGCCAGGAACGGGGAGGCGAGGGCCCCGGCUGCCGCGCCCCAGCCCCUCUCGCGACCCUGGGGCGCCGUCCUGCUCUCUGCACCUCUGAGCUCCAAGGGGUGCUGCUCCGCACGCGGGCCUCCCAGCUCGCCCGGGCGUGUUUUAACCUGGUGUGCGAUGACUCGUGGAAGGUGGACCUCUUUCAGUCCUGUGUGAAUGUGGGCUUCUUCCUGGGCUCUCUGGGCGUCGGCUACAUUGCAGACAGGUUUGGCCGUAAAGUAUGCCUCUCGGCCACCACCCUCCUCAGCGCCAUCUUGGGCGUCCUGACGGCGGUCGCUCCAGACUACACGUCCCUCCUGCUCUUCCGCCUGGGGCAGGGGCUGGUCAGCAAGGGCAGCUGGACGGCUGGCUACACCUUGAUCACAGAAUUCGUGGGCUUGGCCUACAGAAGAACGGUGGCGAUCCUCUACCAGGUGGCGUUCACGGUGGGGCUCGUGCUGCUCUCCGGGCUGGCCUACGCUGUCCCUCACUGGCGCUGGCUCCAGCUGGCAGUCUCUCUGCCCACCUUCCUCCUCCUGCUGGGCUACUGGUUUGUGCCCGAGUCCCCCCGAUGGCUGUUAUCUCAAAAGAGAAACACUCAAGCAGUAAAGAUAAUGGACCACAUAGCCCAAAAGAAUGGGAAGUUGCCUCCUGCUGAUCUAAAGAUGCUGUCUCUCGAAGAGGAUGUCACUGAAAAGCUGAGCCCCUCGUUUGUAGACCUGUUCCGCACGCCGCACCUGAGGAAGCACACCUUCAUCCUCAUGUACCUGUGGUUCACCAGCUCCGUUCUCUACCAGGGCCUCAUCAUGCAUAUGGGCGUCACCGGCGGGAACCUCUAUCUGGACUUCUUCUACUCUGCUCUGGUCGAAUUUCCGGCAGCCUUCAUCAUCCUCGUCACCAUCGAGCGCUUCGGCCGCCUCUACCCGAUGGCCGGGUCCAAUCUGGUGGUGGGGGCAGCCUGCUUCCUCAUGAUCUUUAUCUCACACGAUCUGCACUGGUUGAAUAUCGUGGUAGCUUGUGUUGGCCGAAUGGGAGUCACCCUCACGUUCCAGGUGGUAUGCCUGGUGAAUGCUGAGUUGUACCCUACGUCCCUCAGCGGCUUUGGGGCUAGUUGCCGGGGGAAUGACGCUGCUUCUUCCGGAGACCAAGGGGGUCGCUUUGCCAGAGACCAUCAAGGACGCGGAGAACCUGCGGAGGAAAGCAAAGCCCAAAGAAAACAAGAUUUACCUUCAAAUCCAAACAUCAGAAUCCAACUCUCAGGCACCCGAGAGAGAUGCUUCGCUGGGGACCAGGUGGCAGAGAUGAGGACAGAGUUAUCAUCUGAAGAAAUGCUCAGAAGCCCUAAUCUUUUCCUCCUACUUGCCUGCCCCCAAGUCAAUAUCAGUUCUAAAGAACACUAAAUGUGCUUUGUUUUGUUUUAUUUUCUUUGUUUUAAGUCUCUCAAAGCCCUGGCUG